AUGAAUGUAUUAAUAAAAACAAGAACAGUGGUUAAUUGUCUUUAUAAUAGUUUACUAAAGGUUAACAAUAUCUCACCAAGUACACAUCGUCAUAGUUCAAUCAGACAGUUACAGUUUGACAAUGUCCAACAGACACAAGAAGUAGAAUUGUUGACAAGUUUAACCAAAGAAGUUAUUGAUAGAUGCCGUGAACGUAGGUGGAAAAUUGGCAUAGCUGAAUCGUGUACUGGUGGUCUUGUUAGUGGAUCACUAACAGCUCUUGCUGGUUCUUCUGAUGUCGUCGACUGUGGAUUUCUGACAUAUUCGAACGAUGCAAAAAUUCGUCUUCUUGGUGUACCCAGCGAGCUCUUAGCUUCUGUUGGUGCUGUUAGUCACGAAGUAGCUCUGUCAAUGGCUGAUGGUGUACUUAAUAAAGUUCCAGCAGUUCAUCUUGCUGUAUCGAUCACUGGUAUUGCUGGACCUGGUGGUGGAUCGGAUACAAAACCUGUUGGACUCGUUUAUUUUGGACUUGCAUGUCGCGGUUAUAAAACACUUUCAAGCAAACACAUUUUCUCGGGAGAUCGAACAACCAUGUCUGUUGAUGAUCAUUGUGAAUUUUUACUGCCAGAAUUACCACCGAAUACAAAACCGUUAGAACAUCAAGUAGCUGGUCAUUUUUAUGGUUUAUCUAAAACAAAAUUUGGACUACUACAACGAUCAAACGGAGAUGUGUUAAAACCAUUGUUAAAUCCACCACGUGGUCCUCGAGAAUAUCGAUUUUAUGUCGAUGUCUUUCAAAAUACGUCCUCAUCAUCAUAUAGUGAACAAGAUUUGUUAAAUAUUAGGAACUUUUUACCAAAAUAUCUCGGUACAUACGAAUUUAAAAAUAUGACUUAUUUAAUAUUGGAAAACAUCAUUCAACCAUUUGAAUUACCAUGCAUAGCCGAUAUUAAAAUUGGACGAAUUACCUAUGAUCCUGAAGCUGAUUUAGAUAAAAUUGAACGUCAGGCAAAAAAGUUUCCACCAGCUGCUGAAGUCGGUUUUCAACUGUUAGGUUGGAAAACGUAUCGACAACGAGAACAAGUUUACGAAUAUCAUGAUAAACAUUGUGGUCGAACAUUAGAUAAAGACGAAUUAAUACAUGCUAUAGCACAUUUUUACGGCGCUACAACAAUAUUACGUCGCGAUGUAAUUAAACAAGUAUUAAAUAGAUUAUUAGAUUUAGAGUUAAUUAUGGAUAAACAACGAACGCUAUUAUUAUUUGCUUCAUCACUUCUCAUUGUUUACGAUGGUAAACAAAGUAUAGAGCCACAUACUGACGUUCGUCUCGUCGAUUUUGCUCAUGUAUUUCCAAAUAAAAAACACGAUGAAAAUGAUGAAAACUUCUUAUUCGGUAUAAGAAAUUAUAUAAAUUAUUUGAUAUUACUAUUAGAUGAAAACUAUGUAUAUAUUCCUGUCACUAAAAUUGAGCAUCAUCCUAAAAAAUUUUCGUGUUAUAAACAAUCGUCCCAUAUUUCAGACGAAACAUUAACUGACACCUACAACUCACAUGGAUACACAGAAAAUGUUUAG